ACGUAAUUAGCGGAAGUAGAUUGAUAGCCAUAAGCAACAGAAAUUACCGAGGAAAGAUUUUACAUUUUAUUGUAUUUAGACUAGCAUCCUUUUCUUGUUUUGCAAGUUUCUCAAUGACGAAACAAAGUUCCCAGCUACCAGGGGUUGAUCCCCGAUCUUUCAGAUGCUGUUUGUGUUGCCAUGUUAAAACAGGAACUUUGUUUUACGGAAUAUUAAUUGGGCUUGUUCAUCUUGUGUUUUUGGGCUUUCUGAUUUUUGCCACCAUUCGUCCAGAUAUCCUUGUACCUAAUAGCUACCAACAGCCUUAUGAUGGCAUCAUUGUGGUGCAAGCAGAAAAUGGCAACUUCAUUCCAAAUUUUUCUGAUGAACAAUUUAAACAACCAAUUAGCAAAGACAAUCUUUGUGUUAUGUUUGGUAUCACACUUGUAUGUUUGAUUUCAACAGUGGCGCUUGUCUAUGGAGUUGCAAGGAACUUAGCAAGCUACCUGAUGCCCUUUUUCUGUCUUCAAGUUUUUGACUUUUGCCUCAGCUGUCUGACCGUUGUUGGUUGCUUCACCUAUGCUCCAAAUGUAAAAAAAUGGAUGGAAGACCAAGGCCUGCAAAAUGUGCCUCUGAUGAAUCGUCUCAUGUGUUUGGACUCUGACUAUCUGAUGCUGCUUUUCGUCACUUGUUUAAUCCUGGUCCUGUCCAUUAAAGCCUACCUUAUUGGAAUGGUGUGGUCUUGCUACAAGUUUAUCCAACUUCAUGUUGCCUCUCGUAGUGUGGUUAGAGAGUAUGCUGUUGACCCUGACACUGAGAUGUUGCUGCCUCCAUGCUAUGAAGAAGCCAUUAAAGUUCCUAGCAACUAUCCACAGCCCCCUGCUUACAGCAGUCAGUAGAUGAAGUAGUCAGUGAUAGGAAACAAAUUAAAAGAUACUACUGACUGAUUCUGCUGUGCCCUAUAGUUUAGAUUUAGAUAAAUAGGCCUUCAGUCAAAUGUCAACAAAUUUGUUGUCUUAUUACAUUUGUUUACUCUGUCAAUUUUUAGUGUAACCCUUUUUUUUUGUUUCAGUUUUGAAUUAUUUAUUUUUGUUUGGGUCUAGAAACAUUCUUGUAAACAAGUUUCCUAUAUCUAUUGUAUUGGUUCUGUAACUUUAAUAAAGCAUUUGUAAAUUAACAUUAUUGUAAAAAGUAUUUUUUGGGGGGAAACAAAUGCAAGUUCAAUUUUGUUUUGAUUCUAAAUUCACUGUAGUGUUCAUGAUAUGCUUUCUUUGAAAUUAAACUUUACAUCAUGGUUAAAUCUUUUGUUUUUCAUAUACAAAUAUUGUUUCAUUGUUUUCCAAAUAACUUUAUUACAUACAAUUCUUAAUUUAAAAUAUUUUAUGAAAAUCUUUAUUGCUUUCCUGUGAUUAAUGUGACACCAUGCUCACCUGUAAGUUAUAAAUUUAUUGUUUUUGCACUUUCAACACAGUAACACCAUAAGUUUUGUUAGUUUGUCAGGUUUUUAUUGUUUCAUUGUUUGUUAUUUUGUUUGUUUGUUUUUGUGUCUUCAAUUAAUGAAAAAGACCAAAUUUGUUUUGAGCUUUGCCAAUAACAUGAAAAAACAUAUAAUAAAUAAAAUUUGCUUUUCUCAUAUGAACAAGGUCGCAUAAUGUUGCAGUCAAUAUCAAAGAAUUUUGUGCCAUUAUUUUCUGCUACUAACUUUAAGAGAUCGGUUUUGGGUUCAAGUACCAGCCAUAAAUCCUACAUUAUACCAGUGUUUGUGUAACACCUAUGUAAAUAUUAGAUUUUAUCCUUUUCAAUAAUGGUGAAUGUGUACUUUCAAAAGGAUAUUUUAAUGGACUUUUUUAGUUCAAUGUAAAUUUAAGUACUGAAAUCUUUUUUUUUUUUUUUUGUUAUGGUUUUCAUUGUAAAUAUUUGAAGCUGUAGACUAAUGUAUUAGCUACUUGUAAUCUUUGUUUCAUAUUUUUCAUUGAUCUAAGUGUUUGAAAACCAGAGUCUGACAUUCUAGUGGUUCACUAUUUAAAGACACCAAUUCUGGUUUAUUCUGUGGUAUAUUGACAAUAAAACAUUGAUCUAGA